AUGAAGACGUUGUUGGCGCCAGGAGCGAACGCCUAUAGAUCCCGAAUCCAGCGUCAUUUUGAAAAACUAAGUUUAGAGACAGCGAGAGUCUCCGGGUAUAACGCUUCAUUCAUCAUGAUCGCGAAUUACUGCUUUUUGCUACUAGUUUUGUGUUUCUUGUGCUGUGACCUGUAUGCUUCUAUCUGCGAGGACUGUGUAACAUUGUUUGGUUCUCAACGGAUUAAUGUUGGCGUACAGGACAUCAUAACAUCUUAUGAUAUGGCGGAUUCUCGGACUCCUGAAAUCUUUGAGGAACAACCCAGCAGCAUUGAUGCGCCUCGCUUUGCUCUCGCCCUCCCUGGGAUGGCAUUGCUGGCGGGCUUGGCGCUCGUUGCUUUCUGUUGUUACCAGAUUAAAGGAACCCGAGUUGACGACCUGGAAGAAAUCGUUUUAAUGGAAGACAGCAUGGACUCGGAAGAUAGUGAGGAUGAUGAAGACCUGGACAAUGAUGACGACCUGGACACCCAAAUUGACGACGAGGAAGACAGCCUGGAAUUGGAAGAUCUAGAAGAUAGUGAUCUGGACAAUGAUGACGACUUGCACCCCGAAAUUGAAGAACCCGAAAUUGAAGAACACCUCUGGAAAGAAGCUGAGCAGGAAAUCGAAUUGCUUCGAAAACAACUAAUGGAAAAAGAUUUACUUCUUGAAAAGAAAGAAAACGAGGGAAAGGAAAUGAAAAGCAAUUUUGAAAAGGGUGUAAGUGAAAGAGACAGGAAAAUUGUUAACCUCCUCCAAGAAAGUGAACAACUCAGAGGUGAAAGGCUGCAAUUUGAUCAGGAUUUAAGACAAGCUUUAGAUCAAUUAGAAGAGACUGAAAAGAUACAGAAAGAGCAGAAUGAGAAAUUGACGUCUCUGGAGUGUCACCUACAAGAUAAAGGCCGCUUGCUUAUGAGGAGAGACGAGGACGAGAGCGAGAUGAGACGGCUCUUCCAGCAGGAGAUGGCUGGAAAAGAAAGAGAGCUGGAGGCCACCUUACUGAAAUUAAAGGAAAGUGAAAACACUAAUGAAUUACUCGAUAUGGAGAACGAAGAGUUCUGUACGAUGAAUGAAGAGCUGAGGAAAGUUUUAGCAAUGAAAGAGAAGGAAGUCGACCAUCUUAAAGAAUCCCUCGCCCUUAAAACUAAGGAAAUGGAGUACCAACGUGAAACAAUGAAGAGACGAUUGGAGGAAGCUGAAGAUGAUAACUCAACUCUCCAAGAAAAACUGAGGCUCGCUGAAGUGGAAAAUGUAAGGAUUCAGGAGGAUGUCCUGAAGAUGCAGGACCUGCAUCAAAAUCUCCAGUCACUUCUGAGCCAAGCAGAGUCCGAGUUUAUUUUAACAAAAGAAGUUUUAAAAGCUGAGAGGAAACGUAAUGAGAUUUUAAGAGAUGAGCUUCAAGCGAUGAAAAACUGGGUGGCCGAACUAGGAGGAGAAAAUGAAAAGACUAAAGAAGAAUUAGAGGAAAAGGCGCUGGAAAUAAUGUCGCUGGAGAAAUCAUUAGAACAUAAGGAAACCAUUCUGCAGGAUGCUCUCUAUCACGGGAAAGAGAUGGAGAGCUUGUUAGAAGGAGCAAAUGAAAGAGAGAAAGACAUGGAGGCUUCCCUAACGACCUUAGAAGCAGAGCUCCAGAAGAGGAACCUUCGAAUAGAAGAGUUCCUCACAAAAGAAGAACAGACAAGGUGUGAACAACAGGAAUUCGAGGAUAAACUAGACAUAGCUCUCCAUUAUGCAACGGAGCUGCAGACGUUGCUAAAGGAAGCAGAAAAAAGGGAGAGGACGAUAAAAAUUGAUUUAGAAGAACAGAUGAAUAAAAACCAUCUGUUAGCUAAGGAGAAAGAAGAUGGAGAGAUUGAAAUAAGAAGGCAACAUCAGGAGAGACUGAGGCAACAGGAAAAAGAAGCAGAGAAGCAGCGUGAACGACUGGAGGAACUCCAGGAAGACUUGGAAAGCGCUCUGCGUCAAGGACAGAGCCUGGAACGCUUGCUGGAAUGUAAAGAAGAAGACCUCAUCUCUUUGAAGAACAAGGAGAGUGAAGCCCAGCUGGAAGUGCAGCAACUUCUCGAAGACUGUGAUAUGCUGAAAGAAAAGAUUCAGCAGCAGGAGGAAAAUAGGAUGAGAGACGAAAAGCGUCUCAGGGAGAAGCUAAGAACACAGGAGGAGGCUUUGAGGGAGCACGACAAAUACAUGUUGAUGAUGCUUCUCCAUGGGACUGCUCAGAGGAAUUUCCAGCUAGAACACAUUGCGCUGGAACACGGAGAUGAAAUGAUUGAAGAAGGGAAGCAAGAGAAGUGCACAGGAGGAAUUAUAGGAAGGAGAGACACAGGGAGUGAGGAAAACCCCUGUGAGAAGGCCCGUGAGACAGAGGAGAAACAACGGAAGAAGUACUUGAACGCCCAGCGGGAAAAGAGUGAGGAUUACGAGAAACAAUGGGAGGGCCUCAAGCACAUUGUGGAAGAUGUUCUUCAUGGAGAUAGAUAA